AACUUCACACUACUACUAUGGAGAAUCAUGGAGGAAGAAGAAGAGACAUAGCCAUAACCGAUGGAGAAAGGAGGACUGGUUCUUCGGUUGUGGCUGCAACCGUAGCAGCUGUGGCAGUGGUCGGGCCGCUUUUAGGUCUGAUGAGUUUCAGCUUUGUGGCGACGGUGACUCUGUUUCUGAUCGCUUCUCCAUUGCUGCUGAUAUUUGCUCCAGUUUUUAUGGUGACGCUCGCGGUUCUUGUGGCGGCUAUGGUUGGUGUUGGGGUAGCUGCAGCCAUGUGGAUGAUGGGAAUAGCUGCUUUGGUAUGUUGUGGCCGAGAGAUUGGUAUUGAAACCGGAGUGGCUGGGAGGAUGGUUGAGUCGGUUGUGAGAGAAUUAGGUUAUGGUCGGAGUCGUUACUUGCGAAACAAAUCAGAGUAUGGCUAUUCUUCUUCUUCUCGGGCUUACUAGUUCAAACUUGGAAAAAUUCAUGGGAAUUUCAAGGAGAUGGUGAAUAAAGAAAACACAGAGAUAUGGUUAUGAUAAGAAAACAAAAAUUUAAGC